CAUCGCUCAGGAUGGAAAGAGGCGUGGCCUGCUCUCCUUCCAGGUACUAGAAUAGAAACCUACUCGCUCACCUGACAAAGACCUUGGCAGGGCAUAACAGCACACUCUUCUUGCAAGGUGGUGGUGUUUCAAGAAGAAAUGGAAGAGAACAAACCAUCUGUAAAAUGGUUUAUUGAAACACAGUCACAGUGGUUUUUAGAAAAUGGAAUCCCUGAAUGGUUUCAUGGCAUCAUCACAAGAAAGGAUGCAGAGGAUUUACUAAAGGAUAAGAAUCCUGGAUGCUUUCUUAUCAGAGUUAGUGAAAGCAGAAUCGGAUACAGCUUAUCAUACAGAGCUGCAGAUCGCUACAGGCAUUUUAUGAUUGAUGUUUUGAAGGAUCAACAAUGCAAGCUUUCAGGAGAUGCAAGAGUUUAUGGGACACUAGAGGACCUAGUAAACUUUCAUAAACAAUCUCCCUUUUACCCUUAUAAUGAACUUUUAACUCACCCUUGUGGUCAGAAAACAACAUCUGCUGCCGAUUAUGAGGAAUUAUUUGAACACACAAAGACAUUUGCAGCACCGUUUGAAAGCCCAGUGAAUACAUCCGUCAGCACACCAGGAACACCUGGACUAGCAGAAGAUGCAAAUCUGCCCCCUGUACCACCCAGAAGACUUCAAUCUCCUGGUGAUGAUAUCAACUCCCAAAUGAGUAACCCCUCAAGCAGUCUUCCCCCAGCUCCUCCAGAAAACAGACUACUGCCUACACGAUCCCAGACAUCAAGCAACGCUGUGCCUGUGUUACCAGUUCAGCACAAACGUAUGUCAAAGUCACAUAGUGUAGCUUCAAUAUACCCGAACACGGCUCAAAAUGCAAACAUGCAUGAUAAAAAUGGAGCGACACGAGCCCACACAUCAAAGAAACCAUUGAAAGCCUGUCGCAGUGUAAUGACUAAAGCAGCAUCUUUAGUUAAUGAAGCAGAAAUAGCUAAUGAUUUCAAGAAAAUGGAAAAUGCAAUGGCGGCACAUAUGAAAAAUGUGAAGGAAAAUUUGGGCCGUAUUGGACACACAAUACCAAAGAACACAAAUCCAAAACAGCAGCAUAACAAUCGUCAAGCAAGCAUUCCAGAGGAAUAUAAAAAACCUCCCCCUUUUGCACCAGGAUUUUGCUAAAUAAAAGUUGUUGGACUUAAGUUGGUGCACCAGCUAAGGUAUAAUUGUACUAAUGUGUGUACAACAUUUUAAUUCCACCCCCUCCAUUCUGACCCGUGAUUCCCUGCAUUAUCUGGCUAACCUGCCUGCUUUCCUAGGAAGCGGGCAGGAUACGGGAGGCGUACCCACUCUUCUAGGGGUGCGGGGGACUACCCGAAAAAUCAGGAGUCUCCAGCAACUUUUAGGAGAGCAUGUAAGUAUGGGUACAAUUUAUUUUAUUCAAUCAAUCCACUGAAUACAAUAAUUGUGACUGAUCUCUGCUGCUAUGGAAUGAACAUAAGGAAUGAGCAUACAAGUGAUGCUUUCAUAUACCGUUAUAGUGCAAUCUUUAUGUAGAGGAAAACAAGUAACGUAACAAAAAUCUUUGUACACCUAACUUGCAGGACAGAGACAAGAAUGAAAGCGCAUAACCCAUCUUGCAGGGCAAAACAUAUCUCAUUGACAAUAGAUCAGGACAGUGAAUAGGUUUUGUCAAGCUUACUUUCCUAUAAAUAACAGCACCAGACUUUGCGUCGCACCUCCAUCACUAUGGGCGGACAUAGAAAGUAGCAUUUUACUAAAAGCAUGCCAUAAACGCUGGAGAACAUUCAAACUAUUCCACCAUUUUUUUUAUUAUACAGUUCUUUUAAAUACAUGAAUAUAAUGUACUCUUCUAAAAAAAAAACCUGCAUUGAGAAUGGUGGUUCUUUGUUACAAAUAGACAUUUCCAGAAACAAACUGUAAAGACUGGGGUCACUGUACUGCAGGCAUUCCCAACCACGGUCCUCAGGGCACACUAACAGUGCAUGUUUUAGUGAUAUCCAGGCUUCAGCUCAGGUGACUUAAUUAGUAGCUCAGUUAUUUUGAUUUAACCAUCUGUGCUGCAGCCUGGAUAUCACUAAAACCUGUACUGUUGGUGUGCCUUGAGGACCGUGGUUGGGAAAGCCUGCUGUACUGGCUCACAUGUUGGACCAUGUAUGUCGGGUUAUCAAGCCUUUGCUAUGGAAUGCACUGGUAUGUACUCAAAGGCUGAUGCAUGCUUCCAACAUGUAUAUCUUGUCUCAAACAUAAGGCUUUCUUGAAGUGUACUAUUAAAGCAUGUUUGUGUUUUGUUACAAUUUUGUACUAAUUACUCUGUGACUAACCUGUGUUGAAAGGAGAUAUAAAAAAAAAAUAUUUUCUCUUGGCACUAACUAAAAGAGGGGGUCAUUCAGACCCGACCGCUGAUGCAUCCCGCAGCGCAGUUUGCCGAUGGAGGCAAAUUGCACAUGGCAAGCGGUCGCAGACACACACAUUGCAGUCGCAUCCCCGAUAGAUGCGACCGCAAUGUGAUUGACAGCGGCAGCAAUGCGGUGUUGGGGGGGCAGGGGUUGCCGAACGUGGGCGGGCCGGGACCAUUUUCGGGUUACACAUUUUGACGUCACACGCAGCUGCUCCGAUUAAAAAAUGGCGGCACUGCCAGAGAUAAACCUUAAUUCCAAUGCAACCGCAAUCUAAUUGUGGACGCAUCGGGAGGUGGUCCGUUACACAUGCUGGGAGGCCCCCAGCAUGUGAGGAGAUGGACGCAGAUCUGGCUGCGUAUGCAGCGGUCUGCGUCCAUCUCUGAAUAAGGCCCAGAAUGUAUAUGGCACAAUAAUGUGAAAAUAUUAUAUUUUCUCUGCGUUUGGCACCACUUAGGAAGUAAUAACAGAGGAGGAACCAGUAGAUAAAAAAAGGCAGUGUAUGAUCACAGAUAUCCUGUAUACAUUUCUGAAAUGUUUUACUCUAGUUCUAGUUCACACAACACAAACACAUUUUAUAAGUUAAGAAUUCCAGUAAUUUUACAUUGUAGGCAUUACUGGCUCAGUGGCUUAUAAAAUACAACUCUCUGUAUCACGCUUACUUCAUUAUUGACAUGCAGAGACUAUAGCUAAGCUUGGCAGAUAUUGCACAGUUUUUGUAAUGUGAGUAUUUGCCUUCAAUACAAUACAUGCGACUGUGUAAGGACAACUCUGAUUUAUCAUUAUUUCAGAGAAAUUUGUGUCCACAAAUAAAUCCAUGGAAUAAUAAUGAAUCAUUACAACUUCUCUAUAUGGGGGAGACGUAUCAAAGUUUGGAGAGAAAUAAAGUACCAACCAAUCAGCUUCUGUCAUUUUUCAAACACAGGGAUAGAUGUAUUAUUCAUCUGCAGGGCCAUACCUAGAUGUAUGCCAGUAGUGCCUGGCACACAGCGCAGGACCACCGGCAACAACCGCCUGGCCACUCCGCCGCCGUUGCGCUGUGAAGUCUGGCCCACGUCCCCCCGCCGUCACCUCCUGGCACCUAGCUGCGUUGCCCGGCAACCUCUCACAUAGGUAGCCAGGCAGCGCUGCAGCUCCCCCUCUGCUCUCUCCCCGUGUGCUGGGAGAGAUGACAGCUCUCCCAGCCUGCCCCCAGCCCACCCACAAUACCCUGCACUGCGAAGAGCACAGCGUAGGGCAGGAAGAGGAGAGGGUAGCCCUGCCGUCUGGCCACAGGUGAGUAUAAUACUUACACACUCUUUCUUACACUCUCUGUCUCUCUCAGACUCUGCCUGUUUAAUGUGUAAAAAAGGGGGACUGCCUUCCAUAAUGUGUGAAAAGAGGAACUCUGCCUGCCUAAUGUGUAAAAAAGGGAGCCUCUACCUUCCUAAUGUGUAAAAAAGGGGGACUGCCUGUCAUAAUGUGUAAAAAGGGGGACUCUGCUUGCUGAUUGUGUAAAAAAGGGGGUUCUGCUGGCAUAAUGUAUAAAAAAGGUGGACGCUGACUGCCGUAAUGUGUAAAAAGGGGACUCUGCCUGCCAUAAUGUGUAAAAAUGGGGACACUGCCUGCUGUGCUAUGUAAAAGGGAGCUCUACCUGCCUAAUGUGUAAAAGGGGAAGUCUACCUGCCUAAUGUGUAAAAGGGGAUUCUACCUGCCAUACUGUGUAAAAGAUAACUCUACCUGCCGUACUGUGUAAAAGGGGGCUCUACCUGCCGUACUGUGUAAAAGGGGACUCUGCCUGCUGUACUGUUUAAAAGGGGGCUCUACCUGCCAUACUGUGCAAAAGGGGGCUUUGUCUGCCAUAAUGUGUAAAAGGGAGCUCUGUGGCCACGCCCCUUCCCCAUGAAGUCUCACCCCUAUAUUUUUGGCACGCACCUAUAUGGUUGGUGGUGGUGGGGGGGUGCUGAUGCUGUUUCUUGCACACAGGGCACUGUUCAUCGGUACGGGGAAGAAGUUAUAUCAGCGCACGUUAUGUGUGUGUUCAAUCUGUCUACAGUAUAUUGGCGCUGCUAUUUGUAAGAAUGCACGUGGAUGUGCCAGGCAAUGUAUGAGCGGGCAGUAGCACUGACCAUUCAGUAAAAUGACAGUAAGAAGCUUAUUGGUUAACACUUUAUUUCUCUCCACUUUAUCGCUAUCCAAGCUUUAAUAACUCUCCCCUUAUGUAUAUACCACUGAAACAUACACUUCUUCAGGUUUGUGUGCAUUAUGCCCUUGUUUACAUAGCACCUGAUUAAGAUUAGUACGUAAACCAUCGGGUUUCCGAUGUUUGUGGGUCUGCGCAGACCACGGUACAGAUUACUUAGAUUGUAGAUUAUAUUUAUGAUUGUGUAUUUUUUAUGCUGCCAAUUUUCUGUAAAACCUUGAAAAUUAUUAACUGAAUUUCCUUGUUCAGAUGUUGUAAACUGUAUAUGUAUUGAUAUGUACAUGCUCUU